AUGAGGGUGGCCCUGAGCCAUCUCAGAUGUAACGAAUCACUCAAGUCUGCCCUCGGCUCUGCCAUUUGGGGAAUGUUCGGGUGGCAAGUCUCGUGGAUCGAGGAGCUUUUCCAAGCGACCAUGCCGGCCUGGAAAACGAUCUUUGAAGACUUCAAGAUCAAGCAGCUGUUCGAAAGCUACGACGUUCAAGUGAGGUCCUAUAUCAUUUUCUUGAUGCCUCUGGACGACAAGGGGCGAAGGCGAGUAACCGCUCUGCAGAGCCUAUGGGCGGGAUGGUAA